AUGAGAGCUCUUCUGCUCCUCAGUGCCCUACAAGGCACACUAGUCCUGGCACAAACGCAGUACGCAUCGCCGGCUACCCCUACUGUACCAAUUGUUGGGGCUUCAUCGCCAUGGCUCACGACAACUGCGAGGCCCAGCCCCAGUGCCACCUUCGGUACAAUCAACGCACACUCUUCCUCCUCCCCUACAUCCUUCGAGGACGCCAAGAUCGCCCACGCGGCCCUCGGCGCCAUCGCCUUCCUCUUCAUUUUUCCUCUUGGCGGAAUCAUUAUCAAAGUCUAUCCACACCGGCACAUCGCCUGGAUCCACGCCGCGAUCCAAGCCUUCGGGUUUGCUAUGUAUAUCGCCUGCCUGGGCCUGGGCCUGUGGAUGGGCUCGCAACUGCACACCUUGCACCGAUACCACGCUGUGGUGGGGUACAUCGUGCUCGCGAUGCUCGUCGUCCAACCACUGCUGAAACUCCAUUGGUUUCAUGCCUCUAUCCCGCGCGUCGCGGCAUUCAUGCCUCUCCACGUGUGGCUAGGCCGGAUUAGUCUCAUGCUGGGCAUCGUCGACGGCGGGUUGGGGUUCCGACUAUCAAGCACGUUAGGCGGGCCCCACUGGAAUGAGGGGUGGAAGAUCGCGUACGGUAUCGUCGGCGGCGUCGUCUGGUGCGUUUACGCCGCUGUGUGUAUCGUGUGGGUUGAGUUGAAGAAGGUGCCCCGCGCGGCGCCGCCGUCGCCUGGUGCGCCGCCGGAGGAGGUCGUCGCGCUGGCGCAACAGGACCAGGACGUCGGCGACAAGAGUGAGAGGCCCAAGACAGCGGAAACCGUCGUGACGGUGACGGCGUCGGCGGUGGACUCGGAUGUCGAGAGCGCGAGGACCCUGCCUGUUACGCCGAGACGGCCUUCGCGGGCGGUAGUGGUGUGA